AAGUUUUGUUUACCUUCAUUUCAUUUGAAGGUUCUAUGCCAAUUGCCAAACAAUUACUGCACUGUGGUCAAUGUCUUCCAUUUGUUAGGAUAUAUUAGUGAGGGAAAUGCAAUAGUUUUUAUUUCCAACCGCUUUUUUGGUCAGCUGAAAUUGACUUUUUCUAGUUGAUUAAAUCUGGAAAUCCGCGAAUUUUCAAGUUAGUGAAGAAUCUUUUAUAAUUUUAUAGCAAUACCAGAGUAUUAAUGGUGGACUAAGUUACCCAUAUGUAAAUACUCUGGAAUAACUGGAGAUAGUCAAAAGUUACACACUGAGUAUUCACAAUGGAGGUAGUUAGUUAUGUACUUAGUGUGAAUACUCUGGAAGAACUGGAGGUAAUCUGAAGAUACACAUACUGAGUACGCACGAGGGAGGUGGGUAUCCAUGUACUCAGUGUGAUUACCCUGGAACAAACGGAGGAAGUCUUGAGAUGCACAUUCAGAGUAUGCAUCAGUAUCGCAUAUCAAUGUACUCUGUGGAUACACUACAACCAUAGUCAACACUUCAAAGAAAUCUUUACUUUUUCAGAUAGAAUGUCUGGAUCUUUAAAGGAAGUAGUGAAAAUUGCUUUGGAAGAAGCCAAUUUUACCACUAAAGAAGAAAUGUGUACUGUAGAUGAUUCAACGAUGGAAAAAAUCACCAUUAAAAAAGAAAUAUCUACCCUGGAAGAUACAUGCCCAGUACUUAUAAAGGAAGAAGAUACAACGAUAGAAAAAGAUAAUAUUAAAGAAGAAAUAUCUUCUGUAGAAGAUAUGUGUACUGUUUUUAUGAAGGAAGAAGAUGUGAAGUCGGAAAGUACAGAAAUAAAAGAUGAAGUGAUAUUUGAAGAUCCACUACAAUUCAGGCCCAAGAAGAGAAAAUAUGAAGGAGUAAGGUAUCCCUGUACUCAGUGUGAACACCAGGCUUCAACACCAGGAAAUCUAAAGACUCACAUUGCUAUUAAACAUGAAGGAGUGAGGUUUCCAUGUGAUCAAUGUAAUUAUGUUGCAACAGCGGCUAGUGUUCUAAAGGGGCAUAUUCAGUUUAGACACGAAGGAAUCACAUAUCCUUGUACUAAAUGUGAAUAUGUAGCUGCAGCAGUAGGUAAUCUCAACAGGCAUAUUAAGAUUAAACACGAAGGAGUUAGAUAUCCCUGCAACCAAUGUGAACAUGUUGCUACAUCAGCAGCUAAUAUUAAAAGACACACUGAAAGCAUUCAUGAAGGGAUAAGAUAUCCUUGUGAACAAUGUGAAUACAUUGCAACAUCAACAAUUUAUUUGAAGAGUCAUGUUGAAAGUAAACAUGACGGGGUGAGGUAUCCAUGUCAUUUAUGUAAAUACACUUUCGCAUCAGUAAGUAGUUUAAACAAGCACGUCAAGAGUAUACACGAUGGUGUGAGAUAUCCCUGCAAUCAAUGUAAACACACUGCAACAACAAUAGACCAACUAAAGAUUCACAUUGCUAAUAAGCAUUUAGGAAUGAGGUUUCCCUGUAAUCAAUGUGAUUAUAGCGCUGGUACAGCUGGAGAUCUGAGAAUGCAUAUUAAGAGCAAACAUGAUGGAGUAACAUUUCCAUGUGAUCAUUGCGACUAUACUGCGACAAAAUCAUUUAAUCUUAAGUUGCAUAUAGAGAGAAAACAUUCAGGAGCAAGAUACCCUUGUACGCAGUGUAAAUACAGGGGAGCAACAGAAAGUAAUUUGAUGAAACACAUUAAAAAUAAACAUUCUCUGUAACAAAUUUGCUUGUAAUGUGACUUUUAAAUAGUCUGAUCAUUAAAUUUUAAAUGCCUUUAUAACACUAUAUGUACUUUACUACUCAGCUCGUUAAAGAGAAAAUUUCUGUACAGAACCUUUAUAGCAUUGUGAACCUAAACUUUUAUGUUAUAAAUAGUCAUUAUCAUAUA